AGGAGCGCCAACAGGUCACACAGGCAUGGAGACCCCCAGCGCACAGGAAGCCGCAGGGCAACAAGCCAGCGCACCAGCCAGCGCACCAGCCAGCGCACCGGCGGGACAGGCCACUGGCUCUGCGAACACCAACACCGUGAAGAAGAGGAGCUGCCCAAAGAAGCAGCGGGGCAGACCCUCGUCCCAGCCCCCCAGGAACAUCGUGGGCUGCAGGAUUUCCCACGGAUGGAAGGAAGGCGACGAGCCCGUCACCCAGUGGAAAGGGACCGUUCUGGAUCAGGUGCCUAUAAACCCCUCUCUCUAUCUGGUGAAAUAUGAUGGGAUUGACUGUGUCUAUGGACUCGAACUUCACCGAGAUGAGAGAGUUUUGUCUCUUAAGAUUCUCUCGGACAGGGUGGCAUCAUCUCAGGUCGCUGAUGCAAACCUUGCCAACACCAUCAUUGGCAAGGCUGUGGAGCAUAUGUUUGAGGGCGAGCAUGGUUCUAAGGAUGAGUGGAGAGGGAUGGUGUUAGCCCAAGCACCAAUCAUGAAAUCGUGGUUUUAUAUUACCUAUGAGAAAGAUCCUGUGCUGUACAUGUACCAGCUUCUGGAUGACUAUAAGGAAGGAGACCUGCGUAUCAUGUCAGAGCCCAAUGAGCCUCCUCCAGCCGAGAGGGAGCCGGGGGUUGUAGAUGGCCUGAUCGGCAAACAUGUGGAAUAUACCAAAGAAGAUGGCUCCAAACGGAUCGGCAUGGUCAUUCACCAAGUGGAAGCCAAACCCUCUGUGUACUUCAUCAAGUUUGAUGAUGAUUUCCAUAUCUAUGUCUAUGACUUGGUGAAAAAGUUCUAACUGUUAGUGUAGAAUUGGCCACAUUUGUGAAAGCGAAUGUAUAGUUUGUGGAUUUGCAAAAUGAUGUUGUUUUCCAGUGUGUUGGAACUUAAGGGUCCUGUUGAUUUAGCAUUGUUGCCAGCAUAACUGUUGUUUGUUCUGAAAAAUACAAAUGUGUGUGGACAUGA